UUUUAUGUAUCUCUGGCAGCCGUAGUGAGUGGAUGUGCGUGGAUGCGGGUCCCGUUUUUCCGCGAGUGAUAUUUUACAGCAUCCCGUACGCGUUUUUGCAUCAGCUUAUUCCACCUCGCUGCAAGUGCUGCAUCGGCUACUGCUGCAGGUGUUUUUAUUUUAUUCCGUUUAUUUUACCAUCAACAUCGUCAACGAUGUAAAAGUGUGUUCUUGUAGUACAUCCUGAAAGUGUAUGCGAGUGUGCGUGUGUGUAUGUUUCCUCAGUGAGCAAUAAAGGACACACCUGGUGUUCCGCCCCCAGCAGUGAAUAUCUACACUUAGAUGCCAAGGGUUGCUGUGAUUCGUGUGAUUGAAAAGUAUGAAGUACCAUUCCGGUAGCAGCAGUCAAGCUGGUUGUGUGUUUUAAAUCGAUCGAGUAGGCCUUUCCGUUCCGCCUGUCCGUCUGUCCGUCUGUCCGCCUGUCUGUCUGUUUAUCCUGCUGUGUGACUAACCACAGUCAGCCGCGAAACUGUUUACGCCGGUACGCACCGAGCAACGACAUCAUGGCACGGCUCACGGAAGAAAUGGUCAUUGCUCGCUCGAAGCAAUCGGACCUGGCCGCUAUCAAGAAGCUCAACUGUUGGGGUAGCGAACUGAGCGACGUUUCCAUCAUUCGACGCAUGCGUGGUGUUGAAGUGCUUGCUUUCAGUGUUAAUCGAAUCAGUACACUAGCGGAUUUCGAAAACUGUAUAAAUCUACAGGAGUUGUACCUCAGGAAGAACAAUCUGACCGACAUCGAUGAGCUGGUGUAUCUGCAGAAUCUUCCCAAGCUGAAAUACCUUUGGCUGGAGGAAAAUCCGCUGGUCGACAGUGCCGGACCAAGCUAUCGGCAGAUAGUGUUACGCGCGUUGCCAAACCUCAAGAAGCUGGACAAUGUCGAUGUGACGCCGGAGGAGGUAGCCGAAGCGAUGCGGGCGCCGGUCGCUCAACCGCAACGGCACGAGGUGUACGAAAAUCCUUCACCGCCACCGCCGCAGCAACAGCCACCGCCAGUGUCCCAACAGCAACAGUACCGUCAGCAGAGUCCUGUCAUAGAGCAGAUGAGUCCAGAAAAUACGGAAUCCGAGUGCAUCAGUGAUCCGGCGGAUCGGGCCUCGAUCCCAUCCUCACCGUUGCAGCGAAGCCCUCCGAACAGGGACUGCUACUCACCACCAUCGACACAGGCACCGAACUCGCAUGCCUCUUCGCACUACAACACGAACAAUCACCGCGGUUCCUACCAGCAGUACGAUAGGUCACCAGGCUCGGACCAGGACAGCCCAAUGUCGGGCUACCGAGAACGGGUACCGAUUGCACCUAGUAUGUCAACGCACUCGAUGAAGGAAUACUACCAAUCGGAUUAUCAGCGCCAGAAUCCACCCGCCCACUACCGCCACAGCCAGAUGGAUCUAACCGAGUGGGACGAAUCAUCGCCGGCCGGCCAUCAUCAGAAUAAUAACAACAACGGCGGACAGCACUCGUCCAACAGCCACCAUCAGCAGCAGCAACAGAAUCACCACGGUCAAUCAAACUAUCAACAGAACCGACGAAGCAUCGCCGGCAGUACAGUGAACGAGCGGGAGCUGUACCAGUAUCGAAAUGGAAACGGCAAGGGCCCAGAAUCGCGUGACGAAUGGGAGGAUGUCGAUCGGCGAAGGAAUGAAAAUAGGAGAUCCGACUCUCGGUUCAACGAUAGUGCAAGCGUCAUCUCCAAUGCACUGCUGAACCACUUUGCCGGUGUUCAUCGGAGGCCUGUCAGUAGAAACUCAAAUCUACUUUCGGCCACCCUCUGUCUGGUGAAGGAACUCGACUAUCCAAGCCUCGAGGUUGUGGAGCACGCGGUCCGAUGUCGCAUCGAUGAGCUGGCAGAGUAGAGCCAUCCUCCUGUCUGCCUCCUGUGUGUGUGGUUCGCCAGAAGAGGGACUAAUGUGGUUGCUAAUCGGUUUUAAUGUACCUUUUCUUUUCGUAAUCGUUCUCCUAACCACUCCGUCGAUGGAAGCUUACUCGAAAGCGCAGAAGAAAUUGUAUCACUCAGUUGUUUUACGUCGUACAGGAUGUAUAAUCAGAAUUCAUUCCAUUCUUCAAGCGAAGUGUACGCCGAAGUGUGUGUGUGUACGAAGUCUUCCGCGAAAACAGAAGGAAUAUAAGACAGAACUGAGAAACGAAGCGAUGUAAGGUAAAUAACUAAUUAGAAACAAACGCUGCUACCACUUGCUACUACUCUCACCGUGGUGUAGCAUAUCCUUAACCUUUUUCGAUCGUCUUUGCUCCCGAUUUCUGAUGUCAACCAUGUUCUCAAAGCAAUAACUCCGCUCUAAUCGAUAAUCGUAACAGUGCGCGGUUGUAUAAAUCAUUUAAGAUGAGCCGACGCGGGAACGAGAAGGAUACGAUUCAGUUCUUUUGUACCGAGCGUAUACCGGAGCGUAGGAAAAAAAGACUUAAUAAUAUAACAAUUACCGGGGAAAAAAUAUAACCUUACAGUAGGUUGAAGAACAUACAUGCAAUCGAUGUGGGGAUAUGUGGUGCGGUAUGGUUUGGGUGGGAACUCUGUGAGAAGGAGCGGCAGGAAAGCACAAUUUGCCAACAAUAUUAAAAAAAAACGGUAGUCGUAGCCGCCGGUAGUUAAACUGUGGUAGUUUGAAAACAGUAGAAACAAUAUGAAAAUUCUUACACUAAUGUAAAAUAACCUCACUAAAGGAAACAAAAUCAAGCAGGAAUCGUCGUGGUUCGAUAUGGCAAAAGAGGAGGGUUUUCCUUUCGAUUGCGACUACAUUAUUCCUACCGCUCCUCUCAGUUUCUUUUGUCUGUUACUUACUUAAGCUAGCUUACCGUCAAUCAUACCAGAACCGCCGGAAAAUGAAUGCUUUAGCUUGUUGCCUUCUUAAGUUAAACGAACGGGGUGUGCAUAACAAUAGGGAAGUACGGUUUUUUUUAUAGUUAGGAAAUGGAACAGGGUUAAGCGAGAUGAACAGACGCGUUGCAUUUUAUUGGAUGGGCCCUUAAGCAUGAUGGGAUUAUACGGAGGGCCACCGUGUGCCACCUUUCAGUCGAUGGCAGUACAAAUUUCGUUAGCACAGCAUCACAAUUCUGCGCACUGUCCAUACACGUCGCCGUAGCCUUAGUUUGCUCGUUUUGCUACCGGAUAGUUUAGUAUGGUAAUGCCGGCCUGGCCGGGGAACGAUGAUGGUGUUAAUUUGCUGUUGAUCGUGCUUUAACCGUCCACCGGCCAAUGUGUGACCGAUGUGUGCAAUCCGAAUCCAGCGCUAGGUGGGUUAGGGUCCGUUACAACCACCCGGCUGGCAGAAACAUCCAUAGAAUGGAAUUAAUGGUUUUUUUUCUACUGCGCGUUUUAAUAAUCUUAGAAAAACAACUGCCGGUUGAGUUGCGCUUUCUCUUUUUAAGUUCUCGUUUCGAAGACGAAAGGCUUUAGGGAUGUGUGAGCGUGUGUUGAGGAGAAAGGUUUCGGUUAACAGUGCUAGGAAUAUUAUUAUUUUAAGAGAGAUUUAAACGUGGAAGUGAACGCCAGAGGCAAAGGAAGUUUUCUUAGAAAAAAGGGGGAAACAGAAAAACAAUUUAAUUCGUGAAAACUGAAACUCUUGUAACAUACACUAUUAAUAAAGGUACUAAUAGAAUAACAAGGUA